CACAGUCAAAGGCGCCGGCCAGCACGCACGCACACUGUGAGCAGGUGGAGGAGACACACCAGGAGCAUUCCCGACUAACUCUCAGGAGCUCUACUUGUUGAUUCGCUUCCGGAGCGGUGCACAGGGCAGACUGGACGUGUUGAUUCCUGCAAAAAGCACUUAUAGUUUUCAACAUGUCGGUACGCAGCUCAUGAUGCCUCCAUCAGCUCCCAAAAGAGAGCCGAAGAGCCGGAGAGCAGUAACAAGUUUGAACGCGUUUAGUCUCGAAAUGUUGCUGAUGCCGCUCCUUGAGGUGAAUCGGGAUAUAAAGAAGACAGGCAAAAGAAACGAAAGGGGACCCUGAUGCGGUCAUCUCCAGGAACAUGUUCUUUUAAUCCACCAUCCUGCAUCUUCCAGUGUUUUCAAGUGACCCAGUGACUUGAGUGAAGAUGAUCAAAACAGGACCUCGGUUGGGCACCACGCUGCCGCCGGAUACAAUUGACAUCAUCCGCAGCAAGACCCACUCCCGCCGGGUGAGACUCAACGUUGGGGGUCUUCUCCACGAAGUUCUGUGGAGGACUCUGGAUAGGCUGCCCCGCACACGUCUGGGCAAACUACGAGACUGCAACACUCACGACUCUAUCAUGGAGAUAUGCGAUGAUUAUAGCCUGGAUACCAACGAGUACUUUUUCGACAGACACCCCGGCGCCUUCACCUCCAUCCUCAACUUCUAUCGCACUGGGAAGUUGCACAUGAUGGAGGAAAUGUGCGCGCUCUCAUUCAGCCAAGAGCUGGACUUCUGGGGCAUCGACGAGAUCUACCUUGAAUCCUGCUGCCAGGCCAGGUAUCACCAGAAAAAGGAGCAGAUGAACGAAGAGCUCAAAAGAGAGGCCGAGAACAUGAGGGAGAGGGAAGGAGAGGAGUUUACUACCACGUGUUGUUCCGAAAAGAGGAAGAAACUCUGGGACCUCUUGGAAAAGCCAAGCUCAUCAUUUGCUGCUAAGAUCCUGGCAAUCAUCUCCAUCCUCUUCAUUGUGUUGUCCACCAUUGCCUUGUCUCUGAACACACUUCCAGAGCUGCAGGACACAGAUGAGUUUGAUCAACCCACCGACAACCCACAACUGGCCCACGUGGAAGCCGUGUGUAUUGCGUGGUUUACUAUGGAGUACCUCCUUCGCUUUCUCUCUUCCCCCAGCAAAUGGAAGUUCUUUAAGGGUCCUUUGAAUAUUAUUGACCUGUUAGCCAUCUUGCCCUACUAUGUCACCAUCUUCCUGACAGAAUCCAACAAGAGCGUGCUGCAGUUUCAAAAUGUCCGCCGUGUGGUUCAGAUUUUUCGGAUCAUGAGGAUCUUGCGUAUUCUGAAGCUAGCCCGUCACUCCACAGGUCUUCAGUCCUUGGGCUUUACUCUCAGAAGGAGUUAUAAUGAGCUGGGUCUCCUUAUCCUCUUCUUGGCCAUGGGAAUUAUGAUAUUCUCCAGUCUGGUGUUCUUCGCUGAGAAAGAUGAAGAAGACACUAAGUUUAAGAGCAUCCCAGCUUCCUUCUGGUGGGCUACCAUUACUAUGACCACAGUGGGUUACGGAGAUAUUUACCCAAAAACUUUGCUGGGAAAGAUAGUCGGCGGGUUGUGCUGCAUUGCGGGAGUUCUGGUGAUCGCCCUGCCUAUCCCCAUCAUUGUAAAUAACUUCUCUGAAUUCUACAAAGAGCAAAAGAGGCAGGAGAAAGCCAUCAAAAGAAGGGAGGCUCUGGAGAGAGCUAGGAGAAAUGGUAGCAUUGUCUCUAUGAACAUUAAAGACGCAUUUGGCCGCAGUGUGGAGCUCAUGGACGUAAUGGUGGAGAAAUCUGAUGAAAAGAAGGAGAAACUCCAGGAUAACCAUGUGUCUCCUAAUAUCCACAAAGGGACUCCAAAACACAAGUCAAAGACCACCCCAGGCAGCCCCACCAAGACCCUUGAAUCAAACUAUGUAGAGCAGGCCAAGCCUUCCAGCAGCCCCCAGCACCUCAGUGCACAGAAACUGGAGGAGCUGUACAACAAGAUGACCAAGACCCAAACGCAACCCAGCCUCACCGGCAAGGAAAAGGGGCAGCUGUCCAAAUGUAGACAAAGAGCUGAGCUUGAGAUGGGAAGCAUACCCAAUGAAGCUAUCCCAAGCACAUUGGAGGUUGUGACAGACAUGAAGAGCAUGUCCAGUAUCGACAGCUUUAUCAGCUGUGCCACUGACUUACCUGAGAGCUCUCGCUUUUCCCAAAGCCCCAUCAGCAACAUCCCGGGCAAGGUCAGUACAAACCCGAGCCUGGAGACCACCCUGGAAAAUGAGCAUGAAGGUGCCACAACACCCUUGACAGGCAAAGGUACAAACCCCAGAGGCACACACAUCAACAACCCACUCAAAAGUCGUUCUCAUAAAGUCAACUUCAGAGGUGGUGAGGAUUCGGGGACGGGAGUCCUGUCCGACAGCUCGUCCAUGCAGAGCCCUGAGGCAUCCAUCUACACGACCGCCAGCAGCAGAACACCCAGCAAGAGCCCAGAAAACUUACUGCCUAGCAUGUUCACGUUCCACGAUGCCUCCGUCAGUAAGUUCAUUGAUGCUGACACAGAUGAGGAGGAGCACCCGCAUGAUGGUUCAGUCGCCAGCCCAGCCCAAAGACUCCUGGAGAAAUCCAGCCCCAAGUUUGGCCAUCGCUCCACUUUCCAGCAGGCUCCCAACCACAUGGAGGGCCUCCAAAGGAAGCUGGGAAACAGCACACUGCCGUUAGAGGGGCAGGAGAACCACGUGGCUCAGGAACUUCAGCCACUUCAGGGAGAGAAGAGUCACUCUAACUCUUAAAGAACCAAAAGAAAAGAGACAACAGACAGAACGUGAGUAGAAAGCAAAGGAGGUGACAAGCAAAUAAGAAGCGCAGGGAACCUCCCGGCGUUAUGAAAGGCACGGAAAACAUUUGCGGGAACAUUUAAAGACUUACAAAAAUACUUCUAUCCCGUGAAGAAACAAUAACUGUGCACACUGGGAAAGAAUUUUGUGUCCUCUCAAGCUUCUUUCUACUAAUAACUCGUAAAUAAAUCCUUUUAGCAGAGAACUCUUAAGAGAUUUUAAAAAAGAAGCAAGGAAUACAUUCUGAAGAGUUUUACAAUUUAUACAUUUCUUUUAGCCUGUCUAGUUGACUACAGUUGUUCUUUUUCAUAAGGCAAAAACCUACUUUCCCGGCAUCCCUGGAUAGCACUUUGACGCCACAAUAGCAAAGGCUGUCAAAUCAGUAGCAAACCACAAAGGGCAUUGAAACAUGGCAUAUUGAGUUGUAAGGGGAAUACACAUUUUCUUUUACUUUCUACACAGUGUAUAACCUAUAUUCAGCGUAUAUGAUGAAGUGGUGGGAAAAUGCGUAGUUUGUUUCCUUUAACUUCCUUCCUCAAAACUGGCCUUAGUACACGUCGUCUCCUGUGUUUUAUGUUUGUACAGCAGAGCGAAAGCCAGAAAUUAACAGGCAGUCAGGCAGCAUACACGUGUGCUUAAUCAUUACCUUUCAUAUCUACUAUAUUUAUUCCUAUGUAACGUUUGUGGUCUCUUGUCUUGAGUGUGAUCUCGAGUAAGACUCAAGUGUUUCAGUCUGCUGUCGUCAAAAAAAAGUUCAGUGUCAUACUCGUUGAUCUCUUUUCUUCUUUUCUUUUUUACUGCACAGGUCACAUUAAACGACACAGAGACACACUGUGAGGUUAUAUCCGUGAAUGUCCUUCCUGUUCUCGUUGUGCCAGACUGCUGGCGAGAAAGAGAGAGAGAGCACUUUUUUAUUAUUAACACAGAAGAAAAAUGCGUUAUCCGUGUUUGUGUACCUAUUUUCUUUGUUUCUAAAUGUCUUUUGCGUGUCUCAGACUUCAUGUCCAAUGUGGAGGAAACUUAAACGAAAAAAAACGGUCUGACACUGAUGAAAAGUUUCUUGAAGGAGCUGAGGGGGAGUCGCCAUUCCUGGUGUAGCUGAUAAACUUUGCAUUAAACGACACUGCUUAUGAGCAUCAAAACAGCUGGAAAGACAGCAGUAAAAAUAUCCCAGAGAUUUUCGAAUGUUGAGCUUCCGAGUGUGAAUAUUGUACAUUUCUAAUUACGCGAGUAGAAUCUGUUACAACGACACACAUUUAUUGUACAAGGUAAAGAAUCAAAAUAAUUUAUAUUUUUAAGCUAUUUUCUAAAAGAAUGGAUUCUUAGAUAAAUAUAUUGUGCAUAAUCUCAUAGUUUUGCAUUUCAAGUACUGCAUUAUUUCAAUGGAGCUGCAUUUAUUAGACAAUAUUCUGCAGUGCAUACAUUUGUAUUGUUUGCUACUGUCUCCCAGUAAAUGUCUGUCCUUCUGUUCUUUGUGUGAUGUGAAGAACCAAAGAAUUGUUCUGUCUGAUAACUCAUGCAGAUGAUUUAUCUCAAAGAAUAUUAGAAAUUGAAGCAUUCCUUUUCUAAACAGCAGAAUGUGACAUAUUUCAGGGGGGCAUACUCGCUCAUUGGGGACAAACAUGUGAGCCAGAGAGAGCAUGCUGGCCCCUGAAGAAGACGACUGCUGAUGGAGGAUGAAAUAAGAAAAUGAAAAAGGAAGGCGGGAACAAAGCACUUUAUUUCAGAUCCAUUUAGAAAGCUAAUUUGAUUAUUUACACUCUCUGGAUCCUGGCAAGUGGUUCGCUUCCAGAAAUCCAAAACAUUAUGCUCACUUGAGUCCACAUGACAUCUUUUAUAAACUUAAAGACACCUCGCAGCUAUGUGCAGCUUGUCACUCUGAUACACAAACAGCAAGGAGGUACAUUAGGCCACUUUAGUUCAACCAAAGGGAUCCAUCAUCCCGCUUUUCUGAAUGCACAUGAUCACCGGACACAUGAGCGAUCUGGGCGUUGAUCAUCCGGUGCUCUCAUGCUCUUUCUUACAGAAACCAAGCAAGUAUCAGUUUUAUAUUAUUGUAACUUACAACAUAUCAUGCAAGCCAGCUACGAGCAGUCGUUUUCAGUAGUGGACCUUAAGCUUAAAAGAAAUAUUCACCGCUGUGCAAUGUCUGCAGUCAUUAGACGUAAUAUGAGUUAGAUAUUUUGGUGCCUUUGCUUUUAAGAACGCCUACUCUGCACACUGAAUCUGUCGCUGUGCCCUGUCUAAUGGAGCCUGAAUGACAAUAAAACAAACAGCGAAUAAACACAUAGAGAACUGGGUCAUCAUGCUGUCAGACUGAUAUAUUAGAUAUCUACAGCACUUUCUCUCAUGUCUUUCCUGUGCACUUUCACUCAAAAAGCGCCAAACGGGUGCACGGAAAAGGCCCGGUCCACACAAACAAACAGGUGGGGACUUGCUCGGUAGAGUGAACGACCACUGUUUCCAUGGUGAUGGCUGAGAUGACUGAAUGGCUCAGAUUUGAUGCAAGCAAGUAGUCGAAUUUGUAGAGAUGGAGUCCUUAAAGACUCAAAUAGCAUAUUGAGAGUGCAGACAGCAUUCACAUUCUGUUCAUUCCUCUCAGUUUGUUCCCUGCUCGCUUGUCACUCGAGUGUGGUGAAGGCUUAAAAAAAAUGUGUAAACAGAAAACUGGAUUAUGGGCCUCUUAAAAACAGUCAUAUAUUCCCUUUUUUUCAUAGAAACAUGGACACAUUUCAGCAAAUUACAAGACAGCAGACAGAGUAUGAACAUAUGCCCGCAUCUAAGGUGAUGCAGUUAAUAAAGACUUCAGCUUCCUAGCUGUGCAGUAGAGCUGUUACCCUGAUUAUAACUGACGUUCCUCUGCUCCUUCACCUCAUGACCAACAAAGACAGAAGUUAAUCAUUCAGAGCAGAGCAUGGAAGUAUUAACAAAGAAAUUUUCUUUUUUCUUUUCGCUCAUUUUUGGGAAGAGUAAAGCAUCUCUCAGGCAAAAGAACUGCCAUGAUAUUCUGUCAGUAAGAAGCCGAGUUAUGCAGUCAGAUUAUAUCACUCGUAUGCAUUUUCCAUUACAAGGACCAGCCUUCUGCUCGAGUCUUCUGUGAAGAAUGACAGUGCAAAGCAGGCAGAUGAGGCAACCUUUUGAGGAUGUGUUCAAUUCAGUGAGUCUAUAAAUACAAUCCUGGGCAUGCACCGGAAAGGUCUGAGCCUGCAGGAAAGGCUCAGUUACAGCAGUGUGUUUGGUCAGAUGGUGUCAUGCAGUUUUUGAAGAACAAACUUUGCCUGCAAGUCUGGCAAAAGGGGUGGCUUGGAGGAAGCUACACAGCUACACCGCUGACUGUGUAGUUACUUUGCUUUUUUUUUUCUUGCAGCCCAGCCCAAUGCUGCAUUGUAAUAGAAUAAAAAUGUCAAACUGACAAAUGGUCAUAUAACUUUGGCUGCUGAAGGUGCUAGGGACAUAAGAAAAGAACAAGGAAAGGGGGGAGCAUGUGUCACACGGUGAAGAAUGAAGGUUCAUUAGCAUUCAACAGUCAGACAUGCAGUAAAUAAUAUUUUGGAAAAUGAGCCUAUAAUCUAGUUGACUUUCUAAACAAGCCAUAGUCUAUUUGAAUAUUUUUUUUUCUGUGUUGGAUGAAUGUUAACAAUGUCCUUGUUGCUUUUUAUAUAAUUUCCUCUUGUUUUCUGAACUGCACUUUAUUUAUUUUGCCUAAAUUAAGCCCUCUGCUUUUUAACGAGAAUAGGAAUAACAACACAAACAAAGAAAAAACUGAAAAAAUACAAAGUUACACAUUGGUUCAAAUACAACUCCAGAAAGCACAAGUUUGAUCACUGAGUAAGCAUUUCAAGCCAAAUACAGACACAUCAUUUGAUUUUAAUCCUUUUCUUCCCCCUCCUUCAGGGAAAUAAUCAUUCUGUUCAACUCACACAGGUCUGUACGUCACCCCAUCUGUGUCUGGGAAAAUGUCUCUUUUGUAAAGUUUAGUACUUUGUACCAGUUGACUUUGUAGAAUAUUUGUGAUUUCCCAUUGUUCAGUGCAUGUAGCGCUAUGAAACUUUGACACACAGAACUUGUAAAUAUUAUCUAAAAAAGAAAAGAAAAGAGAAUAAAAAGCUAUAGGAAAAUGUCUAUAAUGAGCAGUUUUAAAGCAGAUUUCUCAUUUUACUGACUGAUGCUUAAUAAAAGACAAUAAUCCA